AUGAAGUUCUGUGGGGAUUUUGUGAAGACUGAAAGGAUGAAGAUCAAUCGCUUCUACGGGGUAUUAAAGGCGGAAUUUAGGGAGUUCAUCACUCCCUCGAAAUGUGAGACCCUUGAUGAACUUAUCAAUCUGGCACGAGAUAGAGAAAUUGAAAUUAAGAGACAAGAAGAACGCGGCGAAAAGAGAUUAAAUGAAAAAGGUGCGAGUUCGAGUCCGUCUAAAAAAGGGAAGUAUCAAGAGCAAGGAAGGAAAGAUAAGUCGACGGGUGGUAUUACACCUUGCAAGACCUGUGGAGAACUUCAUACGGGAGAAUGUUUGUUAGGCAAGAAGGGGUGCUACAAGUGUGGUAAGGAGGGACAUUCGUCUUAUCAAUGUCCAAAUAACCCAAAGACUUGCUUCAAUUGUUUUGAAAGGGGACACAUCAAAUCGGAAUGCCCAAAACUUCAGCAAGAGUCAAAGAAAGAAGAUAAGAAGCAAGAGGGUUCUAGGGCUAAAGGGAGGAUGUUUCAAAUCACAUCCGAAGAAGCCAAGUCCCAACCGAAUGUGGUCUCAUGUAUCUUUCUAUUAAACUCCAUACCGGUUUAUGUUUUAUUUGAUACCGGAGCCACUAUGUCGUUUAUUUCAAACGAAAUUGUACAACAUCCUUCAUUUAAGGUUGAACGAAUGUCGAUGCCUUUAGAAGUAGAAAUAUCCGAUAGCAAAAAUUAUUUGCUGCACGAAAUAUGUAGGAGUUGUAAAUUAACCAUCAAAGAUGAGGAGUUUGACAUCGAUCUUAUACCUAUGAUUUUGGGGGAAUUUAAAGUAAUAGUGGGUAUGGAUUGGAUGUCCCAAAACCACGCGGAGAUAAAUUGUGAAACCAAAAUAAUACUUAUCCAAUCUCCAAGUGGAAGGCGAUUAAAUAUACAAGGCGAAAGAAAGGUGGAAGCGGAGCUAUGUACCCUCGUUCAAGCCAUUAAGUAUGUGCUCAAUGGGAGUAUGGCAUAUUUAGCUUACGUGGUAGAUACUCAACAAGGUUCCCCAAAGCUUGAAGAUGUCGAAAUUGUGAACGAAUUUCCAGAUGUAUUUCCGGAAGAAUUGUCGGGGCUCCCUCCCGAGCGAGAAGUAGAAUUUCGAAUCGAAUUGAAUCCGGGUGCGAAACCGGUUGCGAAGGCUCCCUAUAGGUUGGCUCCCACUGAGAUGCGGGAAUUAAUGACACAAUUACAAGAUCUUCUAGAUAAGGGCUUCAUACGCCCAAAGAAAUUUUACAAUGGGAUCACUUAUGACACCAAGGCCCGUUCCGAUACCUCUGCAGGAGGCCACCUUAUGGGUAAGAAAACGGUGGCUGAGCGCAAUGACUUGUUCGAGAGCUUUGCUCAAUCUGAGUACGAACAGUGGUCUGCAUACAGGAAAUCCGUUCCUAAAAUGUUAUCGGAACAUGACCUUCUUUUGAAGAAUCAACAGUCCGCACUUUUAAAUCUUCAGUGGUCCGUUGAUGACAUUGCCCGCCAGUUGCAAGCACGACCACCGGGUCAGUUCUCGGGUAACACUCAACCUAACCCAGCCAACCAUAACGUGAAAGCUAUAACCACUAAAUCAGGUUUAGAGCUAGGGGGUUUGAGAGACUGGUGA